GGUUGAUCACAAGAUGGGAAAAUGGCCAUAAAUCGUAGGGCCCGCGGGGGAGCUGGGAUGGACACAGACGAUGGAGAGGAUGACUGACGGUGGCACCGGCUACAUUUCUACGUGGUUUUAAUGACGAUACAGCGUCUACAAACGGAUAUUGAUGUAUUAUUCCGUGUGAGAGCGGCCGUUGAAGAGGUGGUUAAGAAAAAAUCGGGUGGUGGAACCACGCGUUUAUGGCGGCGGAAGUGCCGAUAUACGAUUGAACUAGUCACGGGUGUAUGGUCCGAGUGUAUGGGGCCAUUCAAAAAACAAACUGUAGUGCCGGGCACUCGGCAAACGCAAAGGGGUUUUUCAUCGAUUAUGCUUAGCACGCAUUUUUCACUGAAAGCCGUUGCAGUUUUUUUUUUGUAGAUUUUGCGGAACGUCCAAUUGAUUUCGCAGCUUGAUGACACGACAACUAAUGGUUUGCUUUUAGAAGACCAGCCUUCAUCAAAACAGCUGGAUAAUAUGGUGGAUCCAUCGGCACUAGUCCAAUGAACCGUGUUCUGCCAUUUGUUUCAAGAAGAGAUGUAUAUUUCUAUGUAUUUGUCAUCUAAUACGCACUGAAGUGAGAGGCAGGCAAUGUUGGAAGUUGAAUUUUUUUGCCUUUGUCCAAGAAACUGCUGGAUGUGCGUGUAGGAUUGUUACCGCUUAUUGUAGAUUUCUCGUGUGUUAGUAGCUGUGCUUCAAUUGCGUUGAUAUUGCUUGACUUUGAUGUCCUCAUCAGCAGAAUCUCCUUGGAUAUUUUUAGGAGUUUACAGACAUGAAACACUGACUCAAGUUAUAAAGUCUGGAUGGAUUUAGAUAUACUAGGGUGCAUUACGAGGGUGAGAUAACCAACCAACCCAACAUAGACAUAAAAGUCACAGUUGUAAUGAUAGUCAGAGAAAGCUCUCUUAGGCCCACAAGAGAAAAACUAGUGGAAAACUUGAUUCAAUUUAAGUUUUGUGUGGUAGCCAAGGCCAAGAAUAGACCUUCCAAAAGCCAACUCCCAAACCUCC